AUGUCAAAGCAACUAAGAAUUCAUCUUUUUAACUGUGACCAUACAUAUAAGCUAAAUAUCGUCGAAGAUUGGUUGAACGCCGUCACAAAUCCAUCUGACGUAGUGUCCCACUACUUUUCGCUUUCUGGGAUGAAUCAGUUAAGUGAUAAAGACAUCCCGGAGCUUGAGAUGGACGUAGCAGUGUUUGUUGUGCAUGCACAUGAAUCUCGGCUCUCCAUCAACGAAGAGAACGCUGGUAUUGGAUACGCUAAGCUUUACCGAGCUUUGCUACAGAAAACAGGUAAAGAAUAACCAGUAAAAACAUAGUCCUAUGCUAUGCAAAUAGGAGGAAGUUUACUAUCUAGUUUAUAUUGAAAGUUUUUAUACACGGAAAUCUUAGUGAAACUGAGCCAAAAUUUAGCUUGCCGGAAGUGUCUCAGAUGCGAAAGUGGUUAAUUUGUCAGGGGGGAGAGGGGCUUUGUUUUUCGACUAGUCGGGAUGGGGGAAACUUAUAACAGACCAUGUUUGACCUGAGGAACAUACUUGCGAAUAUUGUAUCCGUAAAGGGGUCGUUUGUCGGCCAAUGUAUUGUUGGUUUACGCAUGACGUCACUAAUAUUCAAACUAAAAAACUAUCGAUCCUACCGAGAUUUUACUUUCACGAUGCAGUAGAACAGCUGAAAACUAAUUUUCAUACUAAUUUUCUUUUCAAAAAGUUCUUGGUUUUGUGAUAGAGUACGCUUGAAUUUCUAAGCUUUUGCGUGACGUGGCAUUUACAUGACGGCCAAGAGAGCUGUCAUGUAGGUUAAAAAAAUGACCUAUUUCAGGAAAUUUUGCUAUCUAAACAGUUCAUGUAUUAGAAAAAGAAUUAUUUUAAUGUUUAUGAGUUUCUCGAAGCAUAAAUUCACGCUUUUGUAGCAAAACUCGGUAACAGAUGUUUCCUUUGGUUUCCGUCCGCCAUGUUGGAGCUCAUCCAGGUGAGCACCAGCAUGGCGUCUCCAUACAAAUCUCUAUAAGUUUGGGUAAAACACUUCUUCAAAUAUCUCGUGUACGAAAUAUUCCUCUGACCUGAAUCUUGGCGAAGGUCUUUGUAUAUGUACCUCCUUUCAUUUCCCAGAUUCUGGACUUUAUCUAUUGAACGGUUUUGAUUUUUAUUUUGAUCCAUUUUGAAUGACGUGACACUGAAAACCAGCAAUAACGAACUGGUGCCAGAUUGAACUACAAAUUAAUAGCGGAGCUCCCGCGCGCGCGAAGCGCACGCGCAGCGGAGCACCAUGGGUAAGAAAAUUUGGUAAACUAUCCAUCCCAGAAAAUUUGGUUAUGACGUAGCGUACGCCCGCCCGUCCGUACACACACUUCAUGUAAGCCGAUGACAAAUGUCACAAUAGAUCUUGCACAACUUGACUAGCCUCUUAGUUAUGUAAGCCAUCCGUAUGAGUACGAUUAGAUUGACAGCUGUCAAAAUCAGACAUCCGCUGACAAUUAUCACGUGACCGUCUCGCGGGCUCAGAUAAAAGACCAGUCGUUUUGCCCCUAUAUAUAAGCUGAUAUAAUAUGUCACACUUACCAAUUCAACAUAAAAACGAAAACUACGCCGGGCAAGGCUGUCAGUUGGCUGACAGUCGUUUUAAGCUACAUUUGCAAGCCGAAUUAAGGUCAAUUGACAGCUGUCAAAAUGGGACAUGUGCAGACCACUAUCAGAAAACUAAAAACGAGGACUCAGGUUCGCUCAGGUACACGAUCUGGCAUUUUCCACUAUAUGCCGGACGGAAAUGUCCUACUCACACUCGUAGUCUGUUAAUUCAAAUAUUCGCCAUUCUAAUGAAGGUUAAUUGACCGCUGUCAAACUAGAGUAUAUGCUGACCAUCAUCACCUGAGUGGAUCGCGGGCUCAUUUUUCUAUCUAUUGAGGUCACCUAGUGUUUAAAGUUUUGCGCUGAUAUUUUAUUUGAUCUCGGGCUCAAUUCGAAGCCCCAUAGCUUUAUAGAAAAUCUAUCCAUCCUAGAAAAUUAGGCAAUCACGUGACCGUACACCGACCACCCGACCUUCCGUCCGUCCACACCACAGGCAUACCAAUGUUUAAUCUCACACUUUCUAGCUAGUUUGGGAGCCUGCAACCUGAUAUUGUACAUCCAUGUUUUGAUUAAUUGACAGCUGUCAAAACAGUGUUUCUGCUGACCAGUAUCGCCUGACCGCAUCGCGGGCUCAGGUAUCGACCCUCUGAGUUCGAGUAAUAUUUUGAAGGCAUCCGCUGACAAGUUGAUACUUUUCAAAUGAUCGCAGGCUCAAGUUCAAUUUUUUUAAAAUGCAUAUGAAGUAAGUCGUGUUUCAUGAGCCGUACUUUUAAAAUGUUGAUUUCGAACUGAUCUCGGACACGAAAACUCAACCGGCUUUUACAUUUACAUGCAGGGAAGGCAAUCGCUUUUGACUUUUCUCACUGUCACGCGUUGAUCACGCUCUACGUCCAACUUUUAUGUUCUGAUUGGUCAAAAUUUGACAGGUGAGUUUAUGCGGAAAAUUUAUGCAGCGUCUGGAGACUUGCUACCGAUAGCUGGAGCUGCGAGAGUUUUGUGUCAUCUUGUGAUGUUUUAAACUGUCUUUUUCUACUUGGUGUACAAAAUGAAAUACAGCUGCUAUCAAGAUUGUUCUGUAAUUCGUGGUUGGUUUGUUUAUUGCGCUUUUUGUUGACAAAUGCACCGCUUGUCAAAGUCAUUGGAAAUCCGAUUUCGGAUGGCAUCGUUUUCAAAAAUGAGCUUACUCACUUGCCCUUGCUAGAGGCGUAAGAAGGUUGAAAAGUCUCAAGCGAUUCUGGAACACUUGAUGACCUUCAGAAGCAGCAUCUCGACUGGUAAGCCUGAGCCAUUAUUGUUUUUGAUGUGUUUUUUUUUUCGGUUUCCUGAAGUCGAGCGUAUGGUUCAUGCGGCUUAAAUUAAAACACGAGCAAUGAUCUAACCUACAAUAGUAUCAGGUUUAAAAAGCCUUUAGACAUUUUUUGACCCGCAAAUUCAAAGAAAAGGUUCCGAAGAUUAUUUAGUUAUGAUUUUGGCUUUAAACAGAAAGCUGUGAGCGAUUUUCUUGCCUCGAGUUCAUCUUGAAAAAGAGCGAACACCGGGAAGCCGGCUUAAAACAUAAAUGAGCUUAUGCUUGCCUAACUCAUUAUUUUCUGAGACACUUUACUCUCAAUACUUCUCUUCGUGAAUGAAAAUUAUUGUCUCUGUACAUGUUUCACCGAAUUAAACUUAUUUUAUUGAUUGUUAGUAGUCCGGCGUCUCGCAAUUUUCAUCGCUGCACCGGUUGUUUCCAGUCGAACAUAAACAUCGCAUGUAGGAAUACUCAAAACGCCGCGCGUAAAUAUCACUCGCUUUUAAAGAUUACACAUAGCAGAAUCAUACGCAGUUUAAUGAGUAAAGGGAAAUAAAACCUAAACAUAACAAUUUCUCUAUCAUGUUGAAGCGUAAAUAGUAACUCUAUUAAUCGCACUGCAAAUUUGGUGCCUGUCAAAAGUGAGAACCCGUCCGGCUGGCCGAAAAGUGAUUUUGCAUAUCACAUAUAUAUAGGACCAGAUUUUUCUAACAGAAAACGUUUUAUAAUUCAAUGCUAUAAUUUGUUGUGCAAAGGAAGCGCGUGCUUUGAUCGACGUGGAUAUUGAAUGAGUGCAAAUUCUCUUGCAAAAUUGUGAAAAACUGCAGAAUUAUAGGUUUAAAUAGGGUAAAAAAGAACAAAUUCUGUCCGAGAUCUGUGUACUGUUUACCUGAGACGUGAUGAGAGAAAGUAUGUUUAAAGGGCUGGUUUACACGCCACCAGAUUCGUCGCCAAGAUUUACUAGUAAACUAAACUUGUCGAACACAAAAAAUCCGGCCUGAUUUUUAUUUUGGCUUCUCUUCGAAAGUAGCUUAUUAAGCUACUUUCGAUAUAUUGAAAUUCAGCUUGAUAGCGAGUCUUAGAGGACACAAACAAAGAAAAUGAAUAAACAUGAAUAAUCAUGGUUUAUUCAUUUUUUUUGUUUGUGUCCUCUAAGACUCGUUGUCAUGCUGAAUUUUAAUAUAUCGAAAGUUGCCUAAUCGUGGCGCAUGUGUUUCUUAAAAUUAUAUUUCGGGGUUGCCCAAUUAUCCAUAGUCUCUCUAACGGAGCAAUGUUGGAGAGACUGGUGAAUGCCACAUUAUGAUGCUACAGCUAGUACAAAUACAAUAUAGGUCUAUUUGUUUUCCAGGCUUAAUCCACAGUGAUCGAACAUGAUUGCUAUUUUUCGGUGUACAAAUAACUUGAUGUAAAAUUUGUUUCACUCUUGGACGGUCAAAUUCUGAUUUUUCUCUAAAAUCACUCAGCCUUUGCCUCAAAAGUCAAAUGAAUGUGCCCUGAUCUGUCGAUUACAAGUGUAUUGUUUGAUUUAAAUUAUGAAUUUAUUAACGGGAGCUUCGCUUUUAGCCCUGGCUAAAUCUAUAUAUUAUACAUCCUUUACAGGCAAUAGAGUUAUGAUCGUUAUUGGUGGAGACGAUAAUUACAAGAACGAAGACGAGGAAGACAAAGAGUUCAUUUCACGAUGGGCCAAAAGAAAGAUAUCUUCGCAGUUUACCGAAGAAUUCUUGGAUGGAAGAAAAAGUUUUAUCUUCUCUUGGGACGCGAAACACAGAAAAAUUCACGAGAAAGCACUGGUGCAUUUCUUUGACCCGGACAAGAAAGGACAGACUUUUAAAUAUCAUCCUCCACAACGGGAGGCUGUCCCAAAACCUACAAUGUCAAAGGGAAGUGGAUCCCCGUCUCAAGUGGAUCCUCCUACAACUUCAACGUUGAAUCAGUCAGUAGUAGCAAGGCAAUCUUCCAUGGAAGGGACGCAAAUUCCUCCUUACGGCCAAAGUGAUCAAAGUUACAAAACUGGAGGAAUUGGCGGAGCAGGUAUCGGAAGCCAAUGGGCUGGGCCUCAAAGGCCUAUAGGAUCAACAAUGGCUCUAAACCGUUUGAACUCAUCACACGAAAACGUCGCCUCUAAGGGAGGGACACAGAUUCCCCCAGGGGAGAAAGCUCCAGAAUUCAGUACUGGAGGCACUGGUAGACCGGCUAACAUCCAAAGCCCGGAGACUAAACCUGGGGGAACAACGUCGUUUACAACACCGUCACUGGAACCUAAGGGAGGUUAGCAAAUUUUGCAGUCAGCAUUUAUCAACCGUUAAGUUUUAACCAAUUUCGACUGCUUAUGUACUUUUAAAGCAAUUUUCCGCGGAAUUUCAACAAGACAUCUUUAAAUUGAAAAUCUUUUACAUCAAUGAUAGGUAACAACUUAUCAUGAAAGAAACAUAGAACAUUAAGAGUUUUGAUAUAGUGCUCGGGCUGGCUGGAGGGCGACGAUGUGAAGCGAGAUCAUUAUAUACACGAGUGAGUGCCUUGCCCGGAGAUUGCAGAGGCUUCAGAAUAGGCGUACAAGGGUGCAGAUUAUGAGGGUCGAUUAUAUCAACUGCAGAAACGAAUGUGGUCAAUUAGAAAUUGCUAUGGAAGCUCUAGUUAGAAUCUGUCUUGCCCAACAAAGUGGAAAAACAAAAAUAAAGUAAUGUUUAAAAUUCUUCAUGGCUUGGCGCACCAGCCAGACUAUCAAAUAUCUUUACAGAAGCCCACGCAACAACCGGUGAUUAAAAUCUUAGAAAUUUAGUUAAAAAUUAUGGUUGCCUUUCUUUUUCGCCAAAGAGAUUCAAAAAAACAGUCUAAGUUACAAUGGAGCCAAGAUAUGGAAUGAUUUAGCACAGUAGAUCCGAAGUUGGGAGGCCCUCGCGUCAUUUACAAAUUAACGCUAGAAUCAAAUCCAAUCGGUCUUAAUUAGAACAUAGAAGGAGUAGUAUUUUGAUUUAUUAUCAUAAGUAAUAUAAAAGUUUAACUUAGAUUCUAUAACUCUCUUUUAGAGUACUUAAUGUAUAGCCGGAAUAUAAAGUUUGCAAUAAUUGUAUCGUGUACUUUACAUUGCACAAUUUCAUACUUUGUGCUUACUAUACCAUUAGUUUUCUAGUUUUGCAAGCCCCUACUGAAAACCAGUUGAUCUAGGCUAGCGUGUUUAAAUAACAUUAAUCUUAUCUCUUAUCUUACCGCCAGGCUUUGAAACUCUUGUCAGUUCGAGCGUUAAACAUGGAAGAGAACAAGUAGUUCAAUAAGUUUCAAAUGGAAAGUACUUUCGAGUAGUGCAUUUUUGAACAAACAGAUACUGACAAGAUACUGCUGCCCUUAGUUGUCCUUCCCUUUUCUCCUUUUACCAUCAUGCUUUAGCACAUUGAAGGUGUCACUGUGUUUCCUUUUACCUUCAGGCUUGGCACUUCUCGGUUGUAGCGUUUCCGAGGAAGCCAUAAACGCUGUAAAACAAGUUCUUGAAAGCAUUCGCCGUGAACUGAAUCUUCAUUCACAGUUGCCAGUUAUAAACCUUACAACUGCCAAACAAGUUAAGCAGUACUUGGAAAGACACUCGCUCCAGUUCUGUGUUUUGGUGGUCGAUGGGGAAACAGUAAAAGACGCCUAUGAGAAUCUACCUGCACGAAAAGUUGAAUAUGUAGACCUUCUGAGAACUGCAGUGGAGAGAGUUGGUAAGAAAAGUGUUAAUUCCAAAUGUGAAAAUAUCGUAGGAUUUAUAAAGACCUGAUCAGCAAAAAUGAAAAGUAGACAUAUUAAAUUCUGCAAGCAGAAUACUGCAAUGCUGAUCAUACUACGUGAAAAUUAACUCUGCAAGACAUCAACACGACACCAAAAGAACUCAGACAGAGCGGGAUUGUAGCCAUAGAAAGCUGUUUCGCCCUCUUUGGGCGAAACGUUGCUACUUUUCAAAUGAUCGCAGGCUCAAGUUCAAUUUUUUUUGAAUUGCAUAUAAAAUAAGUCGUGUUCAUGAGCCGCACUUUUAAAAUUUUGAUUUCAAACUGAUCUCGGACGCGAAAAUUCAACCGGCUUUUUCAUGCAGGGAGGGCAAUCGCUUUUGACCUUUCUCACGUUGAAUACGCUCUACGUCCAAUUUUUAUGCUCUGAUUGGUCAAAAUUUGACAGGUGAGUUUAUGCGGAAAAUUUAUGCAGCGUCCGGAGACUUGCUUACUGGUACCUGAAGCUGAAAGGCUUUGUGUCUUCUUGUGAUGUUUUUAACUGUCUUUUUCUACUUGAUGUACUAAAUGAAAUAGAGCUGCUAACAAGAUUGUUCUGUGUAAUUCAUGGCUGGUUUGUUUAUUGCGCUUUUGGUUGAGAAAUGCACCGCUUGUCAAAGUCAUUGGAAAUCCGAUUUCGGAUGGCAUAGUUUUCAAAAAUGAGCUUAGUCACUUGCCCUUGCUCGAGGCGUACAAAGAGGGUUGGAAAGUCUCAAGCGAUUCUGGCCUGACUUGAUGACCUUCAGGAGCAGGAUCUCGACUGGUAAGCCUGAGCAAUUAUUGUCUUUGAUGUGUUUUUUUGGUUUCGGUUUCCUGGCGUAGUUUAUGCGGCUUAAGUUUAUACAUGAGUAGUUUAUAACCUACAAUAGUAUGAGGUUUAAAAAGCCUUUAGACAUUUUUUGACCGCAAAUUAAAUGAAAAAAAACGUUCCGAAGAAUAUUUAGUUAUGAUUUUGGCUGUAAUAAGAAAGCUCUGAGCGAUUUUCUUGCCUCGAGUUCAUCUUGAAAAAGAGCAAACACCGGGAAGCCGGUUUAAGACAUAAAUAAGCUUAUGCUUACCUGAUUCAUGAUUUUCAGAGACACUUUACCAUCAAUACUUGUCUUCAUGAAUGAAAAUUAUUGUCUCUGUACAUGUUUCACCGGCCUAUAUUUAUUUUAUGGAUUGCUAGUGGUCCCUCUCGCAAUUUUCAUCGCUGCACCGGUUGUUUUCAGUAGUGCAUAAACAUCGCAUGCAGGAAUACUCAAAACGCCGCGCGUAAAUAUCACUCGCUUUAAAAGAUUAAACAUAACAAAACCAUUAACAGUUUCAUAAAUAAAGGGAAAUAAACCCUAAACAUAGCAAAUUCUCUAUCAUGUUGAAGCUUAAAUGGUAACUCUAUUAUUCGCACUGCAAAUUUGGUGCUUGUCAAAAGUGGGAACUCGUCCGGCUGGCCGAAAAGGUGAUUUUGAGAAUUUUUUUAUCGUUUUCACUAAAAGCCCAUACUUAUUACCCUGCAUAUCACAUAGGACCAGAUUUUUCUAACUGAAAAGUCCCGGCGGUAUGGAUUCUCUUCAUGAAAACGUUUUAUAAUGUGGUCAACGCUAUAAUUUGUUGUGCAGAGGAAGUUCGUACAUCGAUCGUCCUAGAUAUUGAAUGAGUCCAAUUUGUCUUGCAAAACUGUGAAAAACCGCAGAAUUAUAGGUUUAAAGAGGGCAAAAAAAAAAAUCAAAUUCUGUCCGAGGUCUGUAUGAUAAAAAAAAAACAGCGCCUCAUAGUACGUUUUAUCUCAGACGUGAUGAAAAAAAGUAUGUUUAAAAGGCUGGUUUACACAAGUAAAUCUUGGCGACAAAUCUGGUGGCGUAAAGUAAGCUUGUCGAACAAAAAAAAUCCGGCCUGAUAUUUUAUUGUGGCUUCCCUUUUAGACAGAGGAAUGGAACGUGUAAAUUGGGCGUGCCAAAAAAUGGCUUAAAAGGGGAUAGGCGAAAACAUGGAGGGUCAACAGAAACAUUCCUUCAAGUUUUUCAGUGACAGCAUCUGUGAUAACACGAAUAUCUGAAGUUGCCAACGGUCUCUCUCGCAGUUCUUUCCUUGCGACGUCAGCUAUACAGGCACUUUCUGUUCUCUGCUUGUGGUCAUUCAUUCAUUUUUCCAAACCUUUCACCACCCAUCCUGCAUGGAUCCAAGUCACCUCUUCAAACGUCUGGCCGGUGGAUGGACUCUAACCAGCAGCUCUGGGAAAAGGGUGUACAGCAGGCAGCUUACAGAUAGUUUGGACUCUAAAAUUAAACCGAUCAUUCUCGGGUUCUAGCAUCUUUUUUAAUGCUUAAAGGGUAUGUCGUCGAAACAUGAUGUCUCGGACGCAUCUAUCAUAACUUUCAGCUGUCUUUUCUGUUUGUGAACGAAUGUUGUUUUUAAGAAAACUGAUUUCAGUCUUUCUUUCGUUUUCCCAUCAAUUUUGAUGUGACAUUUAGUUGAGCUUAAAUGUAGUAUCCGGCCUAUCUCUUGAGUUGUUCAGUAAGCACACGUGUAGUCGAAGCGCUUGGCGGCGGAUUUUCUUUUCACUACACUGCACAAAAUGUUAUUGACUGUGCUGCCGCAACACCAUCUUUAUUCCCUGAAGUCUUAGAUUAUCGGUAUCAGAAUUAAGCCGCCCUCCAAGAGAUCUCCAUUUGGGCCUUGCGUCCAAUUAUCUUUGGAUGCGCCAUCGCUCGCUAAUCAAUCCUUUAAUGUUCUAGAGCCCCCUCCUUUCUGAAUCUCGGGUAAUGUCAGCUCUUUUUCAGCUUCUGCCAUACUGGUUUACUUUUAUCAGAUCUAGGAUAAAUACUGACCUUGUGUACCGACCUAUUUCCUAAACGACAGCUGAAGGGUUAAGCUUCUAACUGCCUUAAGUCCCCUUUUCUGGGUUACCCAGUCGACAGGAUAUUGGUCAGUUUCAUUUACCUUGGAAACUUUUUUAUUUAUUGAAAAUAUAUCUAUUAUGAAAAAUCUGACCGAUUUCUGUAAAACGGUGGAAACCGGUCUGGAUCAGCGCCUGUUUAUAUCUCUGAAUAACUAAUACAUAUGCCAAAAAACUCUUAGAAUUGGUUAAGACUGGUAUUGACUGUCUUUCAAUGUGAAUGCAGCUAAUUGUUUUUGAGCAUCAUCAGAGUUUCUAAAAGCUUUCCUGGAAAAGAGGUACCACUGGAAGCCCUACCUGAAAAUUGGCAUUGGUGCUCGACAGGACUGAUAGAGUUCUGUUUCUUCUUCUUCUUCUUCUUCUUCUUAUUAUUAUUAUUAUUAUUAUUACUAUUAUUGUUAUUAUUAUUUAUCUCUUUUCGGGGGGGGGGUCAUUUAGGCUAACAGGGAGCACCCCAAACAAUUUGUAAUGAACAGAGGGUAAUUACUUAUCAAGGAGCUUCCCAUAUAAUUCCACCAGAAUGACCGGAAAGAUAAAGUAAUCAAAAGAUAUAAAAUUAAUUAUUUUCUUUGGUUUGUUUAACCUCGUUAGAUUCUUAUUAUGCAAUAGCAUGUUAAUUUAUUUAAUAAUGUUUUACCUCUUUUCAUAGCUACAAAGGUGGUUAUUUUGGUUUGCGGUAGCCUAUCUUUGCCUAAGGAGGACGAAGAGAUAAUCCAUCAAAAAAUAUACCGUACGUUCGAGGAAAAGGACAAAGGAUUCAUAGCUUGGUUGAAGGAUGGGGUACUAUCGGUAGACACUGAUGUCUUAGUGCAGCUUCUGAAACGCCCCGUAACCAUGUCGUUUGGGAUGCCACCAAGCAGCCCUCGUGGUGUUGCUCAAGGACAAAGCAAUGUCCCUGUGCACUCCUUUGAUCAACGACGUCACAUGGAACAGCCACCAGAAAGAAAACAGGGAUAUGAGUGGGAAAAUUAUGAUAUGCAGAAGCGACGAGAGUCCUAUCCUGUUGCAACUCCAACCUAUAAUACCAAGCAAAAUCGUUUGAUAGGAAAAUUGGUGCUGAAGAGCAAACUACGCUUUGGCCGCGUAUCACUCGAACCAGCAGAUGUAAAAUUUUUGAGCAAUGAAUUUCGGGGAAUCCCUGAAGACAUUAAACAACAUCUUCUAGAAACAAACAAACACAUCGAUGAAAGCAGGGUUAAAAUCAUGUUGGUCCCAAGUUAUAACGCGCAGUUAGUUUACAUUGGUGACCAAGAAAUAGAGAUGGCCGACAAUGACUUACUAUUGUUAAAAACUCGUGUUAUCAAUGGUUUGGUAUCUUUUCAUGAGAAUGACAUUGAGGCUCGAUAUCCUAAAGAUUGGCAAGUACCUGUGUACAUCCUUGAAGACCUGAAAAAGAAAGGAUCUAACGGCAAGCUCUUUAUUUUUUCGGACGAAGAAGGAAAUAUAAAAUGCCACAUAAAG